AUGAAAAGCACAGGCAUGUCCUCCUCGCCCGCUGCUCCGGAGCCCGGUCCGCUGCACGGCGGAUCGACCCGUCCCUACCGCUCGCAGAAGCGGCAACGGCCCUGCGACCGGUGCCGCGAGCGCAAGCUCAAGUGCCAGACCGAGGGCGGCGGGCAGCCUCCCUGCCAGAGAUGUCGACAGGGCGGCCUCGACUGCACGUUCGUGGGCAGGCCGCGCAAGAGGAUGGUGGUGGCGCCCGGACACGGACAGGCGGCAGCGUCGGCGGCGGCGCAUCGGAGGGCUCUGUCUUCUUCGCAUACCACCCGGUCCCCGUCCAUGUGCGAGGGUCAAAUGCGUAGCGAUGAAGGCGAUGGUGGUGGUGGCAGCGGCAGCAGUAACGGCAGCAGCAGUUCGCCCCUGGCCGGUCGUCAUGACUUUGACCUUUCGGCGAGGCUACAACACCAUGCGCGGCAUCACCAACACCACCACCACCAUCAUCAUCAUCACAGCCACCACGCCUCGGUCAUCUCCUCCUCGGCGGAGGAAGCAGUUACUGUUCCCGAGUCGAGAGAUGGAAACGACCCUUGCACCGACGGGGUCGUCGUCCAUGAUCAGCAGCAGCAGCAGCAGCAGCAGCAGCAGCAUACGGCCAGCAAGAACCUCGCCCACCGCGGAACCCUCACCCACGCCCUCGGCACGCCGGUUCUGACUGCCGCGCUGCACCCGCACCCGCACCGCCCGUCGACGCAGCUGUCGCAGAGCCUCGAUCAGAUACAGGGGCACGCCGCGGUCCUCCUCGGCGGCUCCUCCGAGUCGGACCCCUGGCUGCUGAGACACUGCCGCUUCGACGAGCUCGGGCUGCGCACCUUUCACAAGCUUCACUUUCGUCACGCGGGCGGCGUCCCGACCGGCGACAAGAUACCCGUGCAUUUCCUCGUGAGCUCUGAUGAGCUGUGCGAGAGCGCCGCGGGGGAGACGCGUCUUGCUGGGGAGAGGGAGCUGCGCGAGGAGCUGGACAUGCUGGUGCCGCCCGCGUACGGGAUGAGACUCAUCCGGCUUUUCCACAGACACGUCUUCCCCAUCAUGCCCAUCGUGUCCCGCACGCAGCUGGGCCUCACGGACAUGGACUCGGUCCCUCAACGGGCGACCCUCGCAUCGCUCCCCGUCCACCUGCUCGCCGCCCUGUACGUCUCGGCGCUGCCCUUUGCCGUCCACGACGACCAGCUCGCCAUGCUGCACAUCUACGACGCGCUGCCCCUCGACCGCGUCUGGCGCAUCGUCUACCGCAGCCUGCAGGACGGGCUGCACCGCCCGCACCUGUCGGUGCUGCAGGCCGCGCUCCUGUACCUGCACAAGACGGGGGGGCCGGACCGCCGGCGGUACGCGGCCUCGGACACGGCGUUUGUGUGGUCCUUGAUGGGCACCGUGGUCGGGCUCGCGCACAGCCUGGGCCUGCACCUCGAAUGCCGCAUGUUCGGCAUCCCGGCGUGGGAGAAGAGACUGCGAAGGCGGCUGUGGUGGGCCGUGUAUAUCGAGGACAAGUGGCUGUCGCUGCUCAUGGGCAGGCCGCCGUAUAUACGGCAGGACGAGUGGGAUGUGAGCGCCCUGGACGAUGGGGACUUUGAUACUCACCAGCAGCAGCAACCGGUGGCGUAUGCGAGCGCAGUGCAUGUGCCGCGACCCAACGUGAAGUCGGUGGCGGCCUUCCAGGACAUGGCGCGCCUCGCUCUCGUCGCCGACUCUGUGCAGGUGUCGUUGUAUUCCCUGCGAUCAUGCCAGAAGCUCGCCGAGGACCUGCCAGCCUCGAUCCAAGCCGCAAAGCCCCUUUUCGACGCCCUCAACGCAUGGCGCUCCACCAUCCCCGUCCCCGAGCCGUUCCGCUCCGAGAGGCUCGCGAGCCUCAACCACGACGCCGACCCGUACCCUGCGUCCGUCUACUUUGCCUACCUGACGCUCGUCGUGUACGUGUGGCGCGCCCUGCUCCGCCCGACGGUGCGGUCCCUCCCACCGCCGCAGAUCAUCGACGUGGACCAGUCGCUACAGCAGCAGGAGGAGGAGCAGCAUAACCAGCAGGGCCCGCUGCUGCAGGACACGGGGUUCCUCUUCGAGGACUUUAGCUGGGACUUUUCCGACCUGCCCGAGAUUGAGCUGCACCUCGCCGACGACGUGACGGACACGAGCGCCACGGUCAAGGAGCUGCACCAGGCGGCGCAGACGUGGGCGGUCAACCUCGUCAACUUUACGUGGCACAUGUCUUCGAGCGACUUUGGAGAGUUUUGGUACUCGUGGUCUAGCAUCAGCUUCGCCGUCGUGUCCAACUUCCUCAUGGUGCUGCUCGUCCAGGCGCCGAGCUCCGACAACGCCCUCAAGGCCAAGCAGAUGCUGGAGAACUGGCGGCGCGUCCUGCGCGACCAGAGCAAGGCUUUCCCCCUGCUGCUGCUCGCCAUGACGCGCCUCAACGGCUUCUACUGGGCUGGCUUGUCGGAGACGUUUUGUCUGCCCCAGCACGUGCAAGAGGUCCUUGAGUGA